AUGUCUUUGAAUAAAAGUGAUCAAAAAAAAAAAGAAGAGACAUUACCAGAGACAGAAGAAUCUAUUAAAGCCAACAACCAAUUACAAAAUCAACAAGACCAACAAAAAAGCAUAAACGAAACACCACCAUCAAGCAAUAUUGAUAAUACUGGUAAUAAGUUAGCAUCAUCAUCAAUGGCAACAAGUGUAGUGAAUAACAAUGAUGACUCUAGUACUUUAGAUAAAUCAAAAUCUAUUUUAUUAAACAAUAACAAAAAUUAUGUAAUUAAAAUCAAAGAAAUUGAACAAGUGCCUGAUGAGAAUUCAAUAUUUGAUGAGAAUUUGAAUAAUCCUAACAUUAUAAGAAAGCUUUCAAAUGCUGAGGAAGAUGUAUGCUAUCCUAUAAGACCACUAAAUAAAAAAGAGGGAAUAGAUUUUGAAGCAUUGGAAGAAUAUAUUAGAGAAGAAAAUGCAUUGAUGGCUAAGAAAAAGAAUAAUAUCAACAAUAAUGAUGAUGAAACAAAAGCAACUUCAUUAAAAAGACGAGUUAGUCAAUAUGCUGAAAGAAUUAAGCCACCACCAGAUCUUACCGAAGCAUUACGAUUUACAUUUUAUUCUACAGAGACAGGAACUAUACGCACCAACUGUUUUUCAGAGAUCCCACCAAAAGGUCAAACAAUGACAGAAUUAUUAAAACAAGGAUAUUUUUGGAUUGAUGUAUUAUCACCAACUGAUUCAGAAAUGAGGAUUUUAAGUUCGAUUUUUCAUAUUCAUCCAUUGACAACAGAAGAUAUUGAGACAGAAGAAUCACGAGAGAAAUGUGAAUUAUUCAAAAAUUAUUAUUUCAUUAAUUUUCGAUCAUACAAUCAAAACAAUUGUAAUCCAUCAGAUGAUAUUGAACCUAUAAGCAUGUUUAAUGUUGUCAUGAGAGAAGGGAUACUAUCAGAUUAUAUUAAAGUGACACCUGAUUGGAUCAAUUAUGCUUUAAUUGAUGAUAUAACUGAUUCAUUUGCACCACUUAUACGCCAAGUAGAGUUUCAAUCAGAUGCAAUUGAUCAAUUGGUGUUGGUUCUUAAGAAUUCAGAGCAACAAGAUAUGUUGGUGAGGAUAGGAAUUUGUCGUAAGAUGGUGAUGACAUUUUUAAAAUUGUUGGGUACAAAAGCAGAUGUUAUCAAAGCAUUGAUUAAAAGAUGCGAAGAAAUAAAUGCAGCAGGUGGUGAGAAAAAUGAUCAUAUUAUUACAAUGUUACAGAAUCUUAAUCAUUAUGAAUUGAUUUUGUCACGAGCACAUUCAAAUUAUCUUGCACAAAUAUCUAUUGAAAUUACACAACUUAGUAACAAAACCAAUGAGAUUAUAAAUAAGUUAACAGUAUUUGCCACAGUACUUGUACCAAUGAAUGUUGUAACAGGAUUAUUUGGUAUGAAUGUUAAAGUACCUGGUCAAGAUGAGGAUGAUCUCAUAUGGUUUUUCUCAAUUGUUGGUGCACUUACAUUGUUUGGAUUGAUAAGUUACUUCAUAAUAAUGAGAAUACAAAAAUCAUUAACUUGA